AGCAUCAUGCGGGUGGUUGUGACUUCCUGUUUUAUCGACGUUCUGAGAAUUUGGAAUAAAUUUUUAUACCCCACCCUAGUCAGGCUGCUUUGGCUCUAAAGCAUGCAGCUACAAGAAAACGAAGAAGAGGAUCAACAUCAGUUGCCAACCAUGUCUGCUAGUGUUCCUAGUAGGCCCACGCCUAACCUAACCUCGCAGCUUCAAUGAGCUUGAGAUCAGCUUGAUCCUUUUCUACGCCUAGCUCACGACUCAAAACCUUAGUUCCUUCUACCAUAACAAUCUUUAGGUCGUCAACAGUGUCAGUGACAAGGCAAAGCAGCAGUGAAGUAGCUGGACUGAUUGAAUUUCUUACAGGUAUAGGUCCUAGUAGAUCACAAGUUCUUGAACAAGAUUCAAUAACUACAGUUUCACUUACUACAAGCACCUCGAAUAUUAGAACAACCACCUUGAUCUACUUUACGCAUUCAGUAGCCAAGAACUAUGUCUGCUAGUUUUUCCCGUGGGCCCACACCUAGCCUAAAAACCUAACAGAUCGACUACAACCAUAAAAUUCACAAAAUCAUGUUGUUCAAACUCCGUCUUCGCGUGGAGGUUCGAAGCGAGGCCUCCCCGCUCGACGUGGUGCAACGCCGGUUUGUUGUCGUGAUUCCUCCAGGACACCAGCAUGGCACUCUCGGAGACCUCGUAAACUACCUCGCCGCUAACUAUGCGCAACCUCUACUUGCAGAGAGCAGGGACGCUGCACUAAAUGGCACUCUUCUUGCGGGUCGUGGAGGUAGGGAGCGUUCUUCAAGAAGAUGCUCUACAACUUCUGCAUCUAUGAUGAUGGUUGUGCCAUCUAGUUGUACUUUCGGAGGUAGACAACAACUACGAGGACCAGGAGCGCCUUCCGUCUCAUCAACGACUCGGGCCGCUCAAAUCAAUGGUCCUUCACCUAGUGAUGGUGCAAUGAAUUCUGCUGGGUGUGGCUCCGGUUCAACAUCGUGCUCUAACAUGCUGUGCGACAUCAAGCAAGAAGAACAAGAGCAAGAUCUUCUCAGUACUCAAAACGACCCACUAAGUCUUCACGGAUCAAUGUCAUCUACUGAAGAGGAAUUUUCCAACUGCUCUCUGUGGACUGGUGAUGGUGAAUUCGAAUAUACCCAAGGAGACCUUCCAUUUGCUGAGGUGUUAGACCGUAAUGAAGAGGUUUUGUUAAGGGCUGUUGUUGCUUCUCGAAUGAUUAUUACGAAUUCUCAUCAUGCAGUUGCAGCUUUACCUCAACAUCGUGCUAGCACAACGAGCAACUUCUAUAAUACUAGUACUGCAAGAGCAAGUGCUUCCUACAACAGCAUGAUGAACAGGAUCCAAAGUACUGAACAAAACGAUCUGACGAGCAAGAUCAUGAAGAUGCCUGUUAUGCCUAUUGGUUACCAUGUUUCCGAGCAGCGAGAAGAAGAACCAGGAUCAUGCGUAGUGUCUUCGGAACAAGGAGAGCAUGGCCCUCCAGCUAAGCGACAACGUGUGGAAGCUGUUACCCAAGAACAGCAGGAAAAGGAUGAACUACUUCAUUCUGAAGACACUACAUCUUUGCUGACGAGGACUUCCAAAGGACAAGGGACUCCAGCAAGAGCUCCUGCAGCGUCGUCUGGAGCUGCAUCCUCUUCUUCAUCUAAAAACGAAGAGGAACGAAAAGUAGUGACCAGCACAACGAAUAACACAGAUCAGAAGCCUGUCGAAAAGAAGGAAGAAAGCAACUCAGAAGAAGAAUCGUCAUCAGAGGAGGAAAAGGAAAAAGAGCAGACAGCAGGUAAAAUCGAUGCUACCGCACCUGCACCAGGACCAGUCGUCGCACAACCUGCGGCUGGCGAGCAACAACAAGAGAAUCUGAAUCAACCCGAUGCUAAGAAAGAUGCGAGCAAAGAAGCAGCUUCAUCGAGCAGUGAGGAGGACGAAUCAUCUUCUGAGGAAGAAUCUAGUUCUGAUGAGGAAGAAAAGAAGGUGAACGUAGCGGCUAAGCCAAAGGCUAUGGUAAAGUCAAGAGAUGAGUCAUCUUCUGAAGAGAGUUCGUCUGAAGAAGAAUCUAGCAGUGAAGGAGACGAGGAUGAUUCUAGUUCCACUGGUAGCACUGGAACUGGAGGUAACAACAACAAGACCAAUAAAACGAUCAUCUUCCCUGCCAUGCAAGAUGCUAAAUGGCAAGCUAUGAGUAUUUUAGACUACGAAGAGCAACCACAGAACGGCGAUUUCAUGCAGUUUCGGGCUUUCGAACUCCAGAAGAACGGCAAACCGCGUUUAGGCCCGUUCAGAAUCGCUUUAGUGGAAAAACGCUUGGAGACAGAGGAAGACGACGGGAUCAAACUAGAAUUGCAAUUCAAAUACUCGGACGGUACAGUCGAUAUAUUGGAACCAUCGGAAAUCAUGCAGCCGCAUCUGAUACCGAAGAGUGCGCCUGCUGCUGCUGCUGCUGAGAAGGUUCACGUUGUAGAUGACAAGGACAAGAAUACGACGGAAGAUAAGACUAAGAGUGCUCCUGUUGCAGGAACAGCGGAUGAAAAGGAAAGGCCUGAAGAGCAAAAACAGCAGGUGGAAGAAGAAAAGCCGAUGGCACAGAAGACUGGUGAACUAAUUAUAGAUGCAGCGAAGGCAGAAAAAGCUGACGAAGCGCAACCAAACCAACAGGUUGAAGAUGGAGUGAUGACCGACGCACAGAAGAAGACCAGCGAGCCGACUCCAGCACAGGAGAAACAAGAGCCCACCUUGCCAUUAGAUCGCGAUCUCUUGCGCCAAAUCCUACUGAACCCGAACUGUCCUUCGCUCUUACAACGGUUGCAGGAGUCUUUAGCUAAUGGAGGUGAACAAAAGCAGGAGGAAGUAGGGGAUGUAUCUAUGCCACAAGCUACUUCUUCUACUUCUUGUGGUCCAGAGCACAAGCAGGCGGUGGCUGCUCCUUCGUGCGCGCCACAGCCUUCUAUUGAUGAAGUUGUUGUUGGUCCUGUGAAUCGACCUGGACCUGCGCCAUCCGUACCUUCACAUGCUGGUGCUGUAGGUCCUGUUCAGGAAGAGAAAUCAUUUACUCCUGCAGCACCGGUAGAGGCUAGUGCAGCAUCUAAAGAACAAGUACCUGCACCUUCACAAGAACGAGCCAACACUGGAACAUCAACUAAAAAACUUCUAGAAGAACAGGAGGAAAAUAAAGAAGAUUCUGUUCUUGCAGCAAGUUCCUCUACAACUGCAGUUGUUGUCCAAGAUGCUCCUCAAGAACAUACCAAUUGGUCUGCUGAGCAGAUCUCCAAAGAGUUAGACCGGUACAUAAAUUCUUAUGAGACUGGGUUGCAAAAUAGCGAUGAUGAGGAAAUCAUCCGCCACAGUGUUUUGGGUGAUAUCAUUCGCUUUCCUCCUACUCUUGACGUCGUGCAGACUGUCAAAAGCAAGUUUUUGCGGUUACGUCGCAGUGUCAGGGAACAAGUGGAGUACUACUUUGCCAAUGCUGGUGCAGGAGCAACCGCCGGAAAAAAUAGUAGUGGUAAAGGAGGUAGCAACAAUAAACGGGUUUACAACAACAAUAUUUUUUCGCCAUCGUUUGACGAAAUCGGCGACAGUUUCUUGAAGCGCAACGCAGAUAGACAAGGAUGGGUCCGUGUGUCGGUUCUCAUGGUCUUCCAAAAGCUUGCGCAAAUGCUGAGAGGAUUCGACGGUGCAGACGAAGCUUUUGUUUGUUUCUGUUUGCAAGAGUCAGACGCGGUGGAAGUAUGCGCUGAGAGCCUGUGUAUGCGACCGAAAGUGACGCUCCUGUUGGGUCGUGCUCCUCCUGCCAAUGCCGACAUCGAAGUUUCAGCUUCUGAUGCACCAGUUGCAACGGAUCAAGAACAAGCGCAACAAACCACCAUAGCGACCUCAAGCAAGACGAACAACCGAGGAGGCCGCGGGGGUCGUAAUAAGAAGCCGCAUGUUCCGGACAAUGCUCAAGGUGGCGGAGGCAAGAAGUUGUGGCCACGCCACUUAGCUGCUGCGGCUGCACAAGCUAGUGGGGGAGCAUAGGAACAACUUGAACCAAAGACCGGACUGGAUGUUUUUACCCUUGUGAGAGAGUUGCCUGAAAAUAGAUGAACAUGAAUGAUCAUUUCAUUAUAAACUGACAUUCACAUCACGACCUAGAACGUUGUGACCUGCGGCGCACCAGGAGCAGGUCCAUGCUAUAGACCAUCCCAUUGAAUGAUUGAACAUGUUGCCCACAACCUCCUUGUAUGAGAACAUGUAUGCACGUCCCCCCUCAAGAUCACGCAAUACUCUC